AUGGCACCUACAGACUCUGCAGCACGGGGCACGUACAGACUCUGCAGCACGCGACACCUACAGACUCUGCAGCACGCGGCACCUACAGACUCUGCAGCACGCGGCACCUACAGACUCUGCAGCACGCGACACCUACAGACUCUGCAGCACGCGCACUACAGACUCUGCAGCACGCGGCACCUACAGACUCUGCAGCACGCGCACGCGGCACCUACAGACUCUGCAGCACGCGGCACCUACAGACUCUGCAGCACGCGGCACCUACAGACUCUGCAGCACGCGGCACCUACAGACUCUGCAGCACGCGGCACCUACAGACUCUGCAGCACGCGGCACCUACAGACUCUGCAGCAGCGGCACGCAGACUCUGCAGCACGCGGCACCUACAGACUCUGCAGCACGCGGCACCUACAGACUCUGCAGCACGCGGCACCUACAGACUCUGCAGCACGCGGCACCUACAGACUCUGCAGCACGCGGCACCUACAGACUCUGCAGCACGCGGCACCUACAGACUCUGCAGCACGCGGCACCUACAGACUCUGCAGCACGCGGCACCUACAGACUCUGCAGCACGCGGCACCUACAGACUCUGCAGCACGCGGCACCUACAGACUCUGCAGCACGCGGCACCUACAGACUCUGCAGCACGCGGCACCUACAGACUCUGCAGCACGCGGCACCUACAGACUCUGCAGCACGCGGCACCUACAGACUCUGCAGCACGCGGCACCUACAGACUCUGCAGCACGCGGCACCUACAGACUCUGCAGCACGCGGCACCUACAGACUCUGCAGCACGCGGCACCUACAGACUCUGCAGCACGCGGCACCUACAGACUCUGCAGCACGCGGCACCUACAGACUCUGCAGCACGCGGCACGUACAGACUCUGCAGCACGCGGCACCUACAGACUCUGCAGCACGGGGCACGUACAGACUCUGCAGCACGCGACACCUACAGACUCUGCAGCACGCGGCACCUACAGACUCUGCAGCACGCGACACCUACAGACUCUGCAGCACGCGGCACCUACAGACUCUGCAGCACACGACACCUACAGACUCUGCAGCACGCGACACCUACAGAAGUGGUGGAAGUAA